AAUGCAUUUCGUAUGUUAUUUAUUAAAUACAACUUAUAAGUGUUUUUUUUUCGGUGCACUCGAGUAUUAUACAACUCCAGUUGGAGGAGCAAAGCUGAGGAGAAUCUGGUUCUGACGGCUUCUGUUUGUUUGGUUUUCUGCAACGGCUUCCGCGCCAGCUGAAGUAUCUGCAGUUGUUGAUCUUUCUGCAGAGAGUCUUGGGCUUUUUAAAUGGCCUUUUGAGAUUGCGGCAAGCGCGCGUUUCCCACGCUCGAUCCCCACUUGCCAUGGUACACGCGAGUGCGGCAAGCUGCUGAGGCAAGCUAUUAAACGCCACACAUGACACUGGGAGGGGCGGGCAGUCCCGCGGAGGGCGUGGCAGGCGAGCCGACACAUGUUGUGUGCCAGAGAACUUUGCUCCGAUCCCCAGAUCAUCACAUAGUUGUCGCUGUCUGCUCGUGCGCAACUUACAAUGCAUUGCAUACCCUUGCUGCGGGGUAUUUGAACUUGGGCUUUAACUAUGUUAUACCAUAUUUAUUACUCUCUGGAACUUUACUACAAUCUAUAAUGUAAUAGGUAGUUAAGAAGCUAUAAUUUACUCAAAACAGAAGAAAAGCUUACGCAAAACACUUGUUUUAUUGAAUGGAAUGGAAUGAAUGUAAUUAACGUACCUUAAGAGACCGUAAUACUUCUUUUAAGAGGUAUGCUAAUGAUUUGCUACUUUCCUCUCAAGUAGAUGAACUAUUAGGCUAAGCGUUCUAUGACUUGGAUCUAAGAUCUAGCUUUGAUCUCCUCUGAUCUCUGAGAUCUCGGGGAUUACUUACACGGCACAAGUGGGCCGAGGCAGUGUAGAUUCAUCACGUUUUCACUCAACACACGCAGCUCAUUAACAGCCCCGCUGACAACUUGUCAGGGCUUCCCCCUCGUGGAUCCCCCAGCUCCGAAGCCCCCCCCUUAUCUCUGAAAACUUCUCGCUGGGAGCGUGGGAAAUUCUGCGUGUUGGUGGGACGUCGGGCGGUGAAAAUUGGCGCGCUCUUCGGGGGGCCACACCGCGUGGCAUUGACAACUCUGCCACAUUUCGCGCCCAACGAUGCGUUGGCAUCAGUGGGUCACAGGGAUUACGGCUGGGAUUCCAGAUCCAGUUUCCAGUUUCAGAUCUUUAGCCCGAAACUUUCAGCUUUGGAGGAGCAUCAAGCGAUAGGCGAUCAGGAGUGGCGGAAGUACAGAAAUAGACGCAUAGCACAUAAAUUAUGGAUCGUAUCGAGUAUCGAUUAGCCCGGGACAAGCGGAGCGAUAGGGAGACAUAUUUUUAUUACCCUCUCAGGGAGCUGCACUUGUUGGCUUCGCUUCCACGAAGGAUCCCUCUACCAUAUCACGAACGCUCCCCCAAACGAAGCGAGUUGUGGGAAAUGUUUUUCCCAGGCCAACAGCUAAUUGUCACUCCAAGGGUUGUCCCCGAAGUCCCCAGACGACAGAUAAGCGGGGCAAGUGAAGCCAAGCGAUGUGAGUCAAGUGAAGGGCUUCAAUUUCCUUGCCGAGUGGAACAGAAAUUUUGAAAUUACAUUUGUAACAGACGUUUUAGUCCACAAUACCCAGCUAAUGGGACCUACAAACAUCUAUUCAUCUGAAAUUCAAGAACAUGCGCACUCGAGGAGCAGGGAAGUCGCACACGCGCAAGUCAGGCGCUCAAAAGGGGAUCUUCGGGGGCACAGUGGUUAGCGAACAGCGAAAAUCAUAACAUAGUUGCAACAUAUGUAAUCUGUGUUCCUAUUAUCUACAAAUAUGUUAAGAAAAUGUCUAUAAACAUGGUAUAAAAAUACAUCAUUUAUGUAUAAUAACAUCAUAAGAUCAUAAUAUGAACUAUUAAGAUAUUGUAUUGUUUUCUCAUCGAUGUUGUCCCACUGUGCGCUGUUAUCAGUGCGACAAUCAGGCAUUUCUUUGCCCCAUCGAGGGAUUCUAAUUCCGUGGACAAUGGGCCGCAACGCCCAUAAAGUUGCUCAUUAAAAAUGUUUCAAUUAUGGCCCAUCUUGCAUCUAGCACCGAUGUGGAUGUGGAUGGGGUUGUCGGCAAUGAUUUACAUUAUAAAAAUGCCCGUUAUCUACGCAUUUUGUACGCUCCACUCUCCCUUUUCCCAUCAAUCCCAAUCCAGCCCAUCCACAAAAACGAGGUAUGUGUAUUCCCCGAGAUAUUCCCAAGCGGCCAAAAAUAGACGCAAAUUGUAACGCACUUGAAGUGCACUCUGAAACAUCUUGAAGUCCAAAUAAAAUAUACGUUGAUAUAUAUAUAUAUAUAUGUAUAUAUAUAUAGGGACGACCAGGCGCAGGCACGUCAGGCAUGCGGUGGUACGAGUACCGGGGUGCGAGCGAGAGCGCUGCGCUGCCAGAGCGAGAGGCAGCGAGUGGGUUGCAUUGCACACACAACAUGUGAAUGCAGAGUUCAAGUGCAUGCCGUGACACAGACACACACACACACACACAUAAAGAUGCACGCACACACAGAUGAGUGGCCGCUGCAAAGUGUUUUUUCCCAGGCGCUAUUUAUAAUAUGUAUCCCGUCGCCGAUCCGAGCCGAUCCAAUCCGAUCGGAUCCCAUCUUGCGGCUCUACGAUUAUGACGCUCGACACGAUGAUGCAUUCGUGGACCGCAGAGUACCGAUCGCAGAGUACCCUGUUUUUGGAAAGAAUUUCUGGAUGGAGCCGCACAUAUACUACUUAUUAACUAGAGAAAAUGUAACCCUAUGUCGGAACACUAUAGUAUUUAUAUUACGGUUUUUUUUUCAAUAAUUACAUUACGUAUUCUAGUGUAUGUAUACGAUUCUUUCAUUAUAUACAUACAUGUUCUUAUAAUACUAAACAAAUAAAAUAUCUUUAAUAUAUGUAUAUUACUAAAAUACUUAGCCACAGAAUCUUAUGAAAUGCUACCAAUAUUUAAGACACAAACAAUGUAGAAAAUUUGUAUGUAUAUAUCAUUUAAUUUCCAUUAAUAACAGUUCGUCAAAGUUAAAAUAUGUAUAUAUGUAUAUUUUUUUAAUUACCUGAAAAAUAUAAAUAUUUAAAAAUAAUCAUUCCUAACUUAUUGUAUACCUAGUAUACCCCUGCUACCCUGUCAAUCCGCAAACAGGCGCCAAAACAUGCGGUUUCUCGCAGCAGACUGCCACGGGAAAAAUUCGGUUCGAGAUUCGGGAAUGGAUGGAUGUAUGACGGAGUACAAGUAGAAGGAGCAGGACCCGGAUUUUAAAAUUCGGGAUGGAUAUGGAGAUGGAAAUGGAAGUGGGACUUUGACUGCGCGACGGCCACAUGCGCCGCUGGCGAUGCCGCUGAAUCUGAAUGUUGCAUGUGGCAGGGGCAGCGGCGCGGCAGCGGUCGGUGCAGCAGCGAAAGUGUUGCAGCUGUGUGGAGAGGGUCUAUUUUUGGGGCGAUUGUGCGGCGUUGGUGCGCUGCCACAUGUGUUGUGUGUUGUUGUGCGUUGUUGGGCUGCUAAAAGGCAUUGUAAUGAGAGCAGAAAAUAGAAUCGACUCCACUUGAGCAAUGUCCCAUAAAGCGGGAGUUUCGAGUUUGGCGCGCAAUGUGCCGCACCAGCAAGCGAACAAUUCAAAAACAAAAAAAAAAAAAGAAGGAGAAAACCCCGAACCAGUAACACAUGGGCCCACGAGUUAUGUUUUAUUUUUAAUCCGCCGGAGAGUCGAUCUCCAAACAAAACCGGAGAGAGCACAUAUAAAGACGUGGCAGGCGAGUGCUUCGAAACAGUCUUCCGCCGCAGCUCGACGCGCUCGAAUAUCGGGUAUAUAUAGAGAUAUAGAACGGAGUUAGUUAGAUCGCAGGACCCACAGCAGAGCAGAGCCGCAGAGCCAGCAACCUCGAUGGGCGUCAUCUACAAGAUACUGAAGCAGCAACGCAGCAUGGAUCUCAGCCUGAGCUCGGCCACCAGGUGCAAGGUGCAGGCGGCCAUCAAGCAGCGCCAGCAGCAGCGCCGCCUCGAGGAUCACAUGGUGGAUGAUCGGGAUCGGGAGCGGGAGCGGGAGCCGGAUCAGCAUCACAGCCAGAAUCAGAGCCACAUCGAGAAGGAUAAGGAGGAGCUGGCCGAGCAGCAAUUGCAGCAGCUUUGCAGAUUUCUAGCCGAGAAUGCGGCGCGAAAAAAGCGUCAGCGUUUCAAGCUGCAGUACCAAUGCAAUCUGGCGGUCGAUCAGGAUAACGAUCAGGAGCAGUUGCCGGAGAAGGAGCACUUUGCAGCGCCGCCGCACGAGAUGGACCUCGAGUUCAUAGAGCAGCUGCAGCAUUCCUCAACCGCCAAAUCCCAUGGAGCAACUGGGCAGGCGCCACGUGAUAGCAUCCUGCUGAAGAUUCGCCACCAGAUCUUCGAGAGAAAACGGCAGAGGCAGCGCCAGUUGGCGGAGCUGGUGCAGCAGCGAAUGGUGGUGUGGCGACCUUGGUAAUGGGAUUUCCCCAAAAUCUAUCUAGCAACAGAUAGAGAUAGAUAGAUAGAUAGAGAGAGAGAGAGAGAAAAGUCCGGGAACUGAGACUAGUCUAAGGGAUAGCUUUAAGGACGAUUCGGUAUUAUUCCUGCUGCUGUGUGAUGAUCGCGCUGCUCUUCCAUUUUCCCACGCCUUUACAAACUGACUUUAUUUUUUUUUCCUGUUAAUAAUACUUAAGUAAUAAAGAUUUUUUUGGAAACAAUACUCCAUCGUC